CAGGUCAUCGUCGGAGUCAUCCUGAACAGAGACACUUCAAAGGCACCCACUGCAAACAUGUUGGGAUACGUGAAAUCAGUUGGACCACUUCUUCUCCUGUUGACGUCUCUUCUCUACAUGGCCAGUUCUUAUUCUGACUUCGACUUUUCACACAUUGGAUGUAAGGAGUGCAACCUGAAAAAGAACAAUUUUUUCUCACGGGACCGGCAGCCGGUCUAUCAGUGUAAGGGCUGCUGCUUCUCUAGGGCUUACCCGACACCUCUCAGAGAAAAGAAGGACAUGAUGAACCCAAAGAACAUUACCUCAGAGGCAGCAUGCUGCAUUGCAAACAGCAGCCACUGGGUAACAGUGGAUAACCUUCCGGUGAGAAACCACACAGAGUGCUACUGUGGGACCUGCAUAUAUCACAAGAUCUAACCGAUGGGAAUAUGGAGAUGAGUGAGCCAGUGUUGCUCUACAACAGUGUGUCUUGUCUUCAAUGUGCACAAGCUUUACUCUAUUUAGGAAGGCAUGCUCUUUGCAACGUACCAAGUACCCAAAAUGUGAACCCACAAUUUGUAUUUUCACUGGUGUGUACGUAAUAUUGAUGAAUAUUGUGUUGUGUGUUUGUUGUAAUGAUUCUGUAUGGCAGAUAAAUGUCAAAAAAUAAAUACAAAAAUGUGUAAAAUAAAAACAGAAAGCUUUUUUUGGUUCAAAAUGUGCAGGCUAAAUGUACUGUAACACUACACUAAUGCGUAGCUUAUUCAUAUAUGUUUUACUUUAUCAAAAAGUAAUAAUAAUUAACGCCUGAUACUGAAAUAAACUCCUCUGACCAAUAUGUAAGGAAAUAAGAACCCCUCAAUAAACAAAAUAUCCAUCCA